AUGAGGAGGGAGAAUAGUCUUGGAACUCCAACCAUGAUGAAAGGUUCAGCUUCAUUCUCUUCUCUUUCAUCACUAAGUUCUCCAUCUUCAAAUCCUAACAUGAGUCAACCAAAUUUACUCAUUGAAGAAUUUGAUUUGGUUGUUGGAGCUGAUGGAAUCAAUUCUCAAACUAGAAAUUUAGUAUUUGGACCAGAUAUUCAAUUUAAAAAGUAUUUAAAUGUAGGAUAUAUGUGUUUCAUGGUUGAUUUGGUAAAUGAUGCAAACGAUAUGGAUCCUGCAAUAACUGGAGAGAAAAUAUCAUUGGAACAUUGUAAAAUAUUGAGUAAGAAAGUGAAGGAAGGAAUUGAAAGUUCUCACACUGUGUCUUUCCUUCUCGAUAAGGGACGAUACAUGACCAUUUCGAGAAAUAAGAAUCGUUGCUAUGUUUCUUGUGCAUUCACUUUGGAUGAGAUGGCUUCACAGAGUGAGGAAUCAAAUGAAGGAAAUACUGAGAGCAGUAAGAAGGACAAGGAAAAACGAACAAGCACAUCUGGAUCUUCAUCUGGCUCAUCUGAUGAAGAUAAAGACAAGAGCUCAGCAUCUUCAUCAUCUGGUAGUAGAAAACUCUACACUCGACAAAACAAGUUGGAUAUUGAUGUUGUCAAGAGAAAGCAAUUCCUUGUGGAAAAGUUUGCAGAUGUUCAACACCUCUUCCCUCAACUGAUUCAGUUAUUGGGUAAUUCAAAUUCAAUUUACUAUGAUGAUUUGGCUCAAAUUCACAUUGACAAGUGGCAUAAGGGAAGAAUAGUCUUGUUGGGAGACAGUUGUCAAGCACUGACUCCACUCAGUGGUAAAGGUGCUUCAAUGGCUCUUGUUGGGGCCAAGACUCUUGCUGACGAACUGAAACGAGUACUAGUUCAACAUGCCAAGAUGGAUGGUGUCGAUUAUAUUCGUGACAUUCCUGUGGAAAAAUUACUCAAUCAUCAGGAUAUGCCAUAUUUGAAAGAUGCUCUCGAAUCAUAUGAACGUAAAAUGCUGGAUCGUAUCAAGGAAAUCCAGAGGAAAACAAUUAGAGAAGGAGAUUUCUUUUUAACAACCUCUGCCUUUAAGCAAUUCAUUAGAAACUCGACACUGAAAUACAUGCCUAAAAAACUAUUCCUAAAGCUUUCCAAAAAGGAUGCUCAAUCCAAUGAAGAUCUUCAAUCUUCCAAACCUUAA